CAAGCCCUGGCACCAGAGCUGCCACCUGCGCAGCGUUAAGCAACACUGUUUUUAUAAUUUUAAAUUCCCUUACGCUUACAGCGACUAAACAAAAUAGCUAUUUUGAGGUCCAAUAAAUGUAAACAAAUAUGCAGGAGACUGACGGAAGUCCCAUUGGAAAGCCAUUUAGCCAGGAGGCCAUCACUCAUCGUCUGGCGGCACUAAACCGCUGGCAGGACGAGCAGAAGCGACUGUUGCAGGAGCGUCAAAGCAAUCAGCGCGUUUUGCUCGGCUUGGAACAGCGCAAUAUGUACAAAAUGCUGGGAUUGCUGCACCAAGAGGCGGACACCCGGGAGAACAGUGUGCUGGAGGAUUCACAAUGGGACGAGGACCCCUCCAUACAAAUGCCACGUCUCACGGCGGAGCAGGACGACCAGGUAUUGAGAAAUCCUUCAACUAGUCCCCAAUUGGCCAGGCCGAAGCGUCCUUUCCUGCGUCGCGGGGAAGGUCUUAAGCAGCGUUUUAAGAUAAAUCCCGACCAGCUGCGCCUCGAAAACCUGCCGCGAUACAAGUUCGCCAAUGCACACCCUCAGUUUCGCACGCCCCAGAAGAAGGGCAUCCUCAAGAAGCGCCAGUUGGAAAUAGUUCCUUCUUCAAAUGCCCCUGCUCCCAAACCUCCAGCGAAACUCGAUCUCAACGAGCAGCACUUCCAGCGGGUGCUAAUGAGCUCAAAGAACGUCUGCAAUUCCACACCAGAUCUCAAGUCUUCCUAUGCAUCCUCCACCACUGCCUCCAGUAUCUCACCCAGAAUUCGUUUUGUGGAGCAAAAGAACAGAGCCACGCAUGCUGAUGAUGAAGCUUCCUCGGAGGCCAGUCCUUUGACAGAAGUUUGCUGGGCCAGGGUGUUGGACACUCAAAGCAUCAAGCCAACUCAAAUACAAAGACGAUCAGCUCAAAUCCGAGUGGAAGACGACAGCAAUGUUAGCAUAUUUGAGCUUCUCGAGCAGAAAGCCACGGAGGGCAACAUUGAUAUGAACUCCAGCUGCAUUCGCACUUUCAUGGCACGCAAGGAUCAGCGUCGUAUUGUAGCUGAUGACUCUGAUCACAUUGUGGUCACACAACAGGUGCGUCAGAUGCGAUUGCAACCGCAGGUGGAUCAGGUCCUGGUGCACGAAAUGGAGGAGGAGGAUGAGGACGAACAGCAGUCCACUGAUCAAACCCUGACGGCGACACCCAUUCAGGUGGGAAAAACGCAAGUGCGAGUGCGCUUCUCUGACUCCAAUGAUACCCACGAAUACUCUGAUGCUACCAGCCUAAACGACGGCUCUAAUAUUCAGCUCUUCGAACAGUUUAAAUCAGCUCUCUUCCAGGCUUUGGAGCAGAAGAAAAAGUCAAGUCCCAGCCAGGAGCCAGAGGAACCUCUCACACUGGAACUACAGGAAAAGGCAAAUCUUGUGCGCACACGGCUUGAAGAGCUUGAAGCGGAGAUAGCUACAUUUAAGGCCCAGAAUGCACAACUUCUCCGACUUAAGCAGCAGCACGAAUUACAGCAGGCCAAGUGCACGCAGGAUCAUAUGGAUGCAAUGGAACGCGUCCACGACGAAAAGAUCCAGGCCGAAAUAUACCUACAUGACGAGCGUAUGAAAAUAGAGGAGGAGCGUCGCAAGUUUGAACAACAGAUGCGCCUCCAGAAGAGCAACGCAAACACCAAGGAGAAGAAGGAGAUAGCCGCCUUGAAACACGAUUUGGAGGCACUGCAGCUGCAGCUCAAGCAGAAGGAGCAGACCCACGUCUCGGCACAGGCAAGACUCCGUGCUCAAUUGCGGGCCAGUGAGAAGGAGCAGCGCAACUACCGCGACGAGAUCGAGCUGCUGAACAGGGAGAACAAGCGCAUGGAGCAGGAGCUGAUAAAAAUAAGCCGUGAAAACAACACUAAGAUGCUGCAGGAGAUCAACCGAAACAUUGCGCGGUUGGCACCCAAGGUGUUACCCCCUGCCUCUACGUCGCAGCCCUUCGAUGAAAACGGACGUCGCACCAAGUCCCUGGAUGGCACUGCUGGUAAGCCUCCCACCGUCGCGGGAAGCCACCAGCGGGAAGCCUCCCACCGUCGCCAAAGCAGCGGCACUGUCCAAGCUAGAAGCCGCAGUCGCUCCCUGGGCAAAAGUAAGAAAAGGGCAGAGGCUUUGGAUGAGAGUUACGCCUCCAGCAGCUCCGGGGAUGUGGAAGAAGUUGUGCCACCAGUGACACCUGCCACAGCCGAUCCUCCAGCGACCGCCAACUCCAGCACUGACUUCAAGCGAGAGAUAAUGAAUGCGGAUGGCAGCAAGGACAUUUGGUACCCAAAUGGCAAUCUUAAGAAGAUCAGCGCAGAUGGCAUGAACGUUCGCAUGCUCUACUUUAAUAAGGACAUUAAGGAAACUGACAUAAGGGAGGGCACAGUGAAGUAUUACUACGCUGAGACCAAUACGUGGCACACUUCUUACCUAGAUGGUUUGGAAAUACUAGAGUUUCCCAACGGACAAACCGAACAUCGCCGCAAGGAUGGCACCAUUGAGAUCCACUUCCCCAAUAACAGCAUUAAGGUAGUUGAUCCCAGCGAUGCAGAGAAACUAGAGGAGUGGCGUUAUGCAGAUGGAACUCACCUAGUGCAGCUCCGGAAUGGGGACAAGAUUCUAAAUCUUCCCAAUGGCCAAAAGGAGAUUCAUACAAAACUAAAUAAGCGGAGGGAGUACCCGGAUGGCACUGUUAAGCUAGUAUAUCCGGAUGGCAGUCAAGAGACGCGCUACUCUAACGGUCGCGUUCGCCUGAAGGACAAAGAUGGAAAGCUUAUAAUGGACACGGACUAUGCAAAGUACUAGAGGCGACCGAUCUCUUUUUUGAAGAGAAUUACAGUUUUUUAAUAAAUUGUCAAGUCACGUUGUUUUUAUAAUAA